AUGGCAACAAUGAGCCAACGGGAAGCAGCUAUUGUCUCAGUCUUUGAGCGCAACACGUAUUCCAUUGCCAACGUUGUUGAUGUCGCGCUCCAGGGCCGAGCGGCAGCGAGUCCCGAGGUGGACGUCCCCGAGGGCAAUGGGACGGGGUUUAUCUGGGACGAUCAGGGCCACGUAGUGACCAACUACCACGUCCUCCUAAGCUCCCUCAAAGGCCUGGGACCCGACCCAGCGGGGCGCGGCGGCAGCGGGGCAUCGCCGCCGUUGGUGGCCAAGGUGACGCUCACCAAUCCUGGCAACGACGUGGAACAGACCUUCGACGCAGUGCUGGUGGGCGCGGAUCGAACCCGGGACCUUGUGGUGUUGCAGUUGGUGGGAGCGCCUGCCUCGGUGUUGCGGCCCGUGCAGCUGGGAAGCAGUGGUUCUCUCCGAGUGGGGCAGCAGUGCUUGGCCAUUGGAAACCCGUUCGGCUUUGGACACACCCUCACAAGUGGUGUCAUUAGUGCCCUAAAUCGCGACAUCCGGAGCCCCCUCGGCACCACCAUACCAGGCGGCAUUCAAACAGAUGCCAGCAUCAACCCGGGCAACAGCGGUGGACCCCUGUUGGACUCUUCCGGGCGAGUCAUUGGAGUCAACACCGCCAUCUUCACACCCACAGGCAGCUCCAGCGGGGUUGCAUUCGCCAUCCCGGUUGACAUGGUGAAGCGGGUGGUUCCUCAGCUCAUUCAAAACGGCAAGGUGGUGCGGCCCAGCCUGGAUGCGCAGAUCGCCUCCGACAGCGUGGCUCAACGACUCAAGGUGGGGCGUGGGGCGCUCAUUCAGGCGGUCAGCUCGGGAGGUGCGGCGGACAAGGCGGGGCUGCUGCCCACGCGGCGCGGCCUCUCAGGAAUCAUCACCGGUGACGUCAUCCAGGCGGUCAACGGUCGCCCAGUCAACAGCGGCGGCGACCUGCUGGUGGCGCUGGACGGUCUCGCAGCCGGGGACACCGCAAAGGUGAAGGUGAUUCGGAGCACUGACCAGGGGUUGCAAGAGCUGGAACUGUCUAUCGUUCUUGGCGAGGAGAAGUAG